AUGUUGGCUCUACUCUGGUUAUCAUUAUUUUCACUGGCGUUGGGCCGUUCUCCAGUGGCGCAUUUGAACUAUGCUAGCUAUCAUGGACGCUCAACCUCGGGAAUCUCUCAGUGGGUUGGGAUGCGCUAUGCUGCGGCGCCGGUGGGAGACUUGCGAUUCGAGGCACCUCAAGACCCUCCCGUGGUCACGGGGCUACAACAGGCUACCCAGCAUGGCGCAUUAUGUAUUCCAGUAGCUGGGAAGCGAAAUGCAGCGGUACCAUCUAACCAUGCCGAAGAUUGUCUUUUUAUAGAUGUCUAUGCCCCUACGGAGGCCUAUCUUUCAAAUGCCUCUCUGCCCGUCUACUUUUUCAUUCAGGGAGGUGGCUUUGCUGCCCUGUCAAAUCCCAACUACAAUGGCUCUGGCUUGGUUCAAGCAUCAGGAAACAACAUUGUUGUGGUCACCUUCAACUACCGCGUCGGACCAUAUGGAUUUCUUGCCUCCGAAGAAAUGGAGCAGGGUGCGAGUCUGAACAAUGGAUUGAAGGAUCAACUCAAGGCGCUCAAAUGGGUGAAGAAGCACAUCAGCAAGUUUGGGGGAAAUCCGGACCACAUUGUAAUCGGUGGUGACAGUGCCGGCGGAGCAUCAGUCACAUUACUACUCUCUGCCUACGGAGGACGAGACGAGGGACUAUUCAUCGGAGCAGCUGCUGAAUCACAAAGUUUCGGAACAGUACUCAAUGUUACCGAAAGCCAAUUCUCAUACAACAGACUGGUUACGCGUACGGGGUGUAACGAGACUGAAAAUACCCUGGAAUGUCUCCGUGGCCUUGAUGUCAGCGACCUGCAGAGCGAGAACAUUGUCACACCUUUACCAGGAGCCCCGGGAAACCCUUUAUACCUAUACAGCCCGACAAUCGAUGGUGAUCUGGUCCAAGACCACACAUACACACUCUUCCAACAAGGGAAAUUUAUCAAAGUCCCAGUGAUAUUUGGCGAUGAUACAAACGAAGGCACGAUCUUCGUUCCUGUGGGCACGUCAAGUGUCGGCCAAGCAGAAGAAUUCAUCAAAGACCAAUUUCCUAGCAUGUCAAAAGAUCAAAUGACCAAAAUUCAUAAGAUAUAUCUCAACAAAAACCAGACUAAGGAGUUCCCCAACGCCGGGCUCUACUGGCGACCUGCCAGCAACGCAUAUGGCGAACUACGAUACAUUUGCCCGGGUAUUCACAUGUCCUCCAUCUACGCUGCAGCAGGUGUUCCAAGUUGGAACUACCACUACGCCGUCCUGGACCCCGAUGAUGACACUAAGGGUUUCGGGACAACCCACACUGUUGAAGUGAAUGCCAUCUGGGGCCCGGACUAUGUUAGCACGAAUCCUCCUGAUUCGUAUUAUACCAGCAAUGCGGCCAUCGUUCCUGUGGUUCAGGGCUACUGGACAAGUUUCAUUCGAUCUUUGAAUCCGAAUACCCACCGGGUCGCUUCUAGUCCUAGAUGGCGGACCUGGGGAGACGGAGAUGAUGCUUAUAACCGUAUCUUUUUGCGAACAAAUCAUACGCGGAUGGAGAAGGUGUCAGACGAGCAGCAGGAGCGUUGUAAUUAUCUAAUCAGCAUCGGGGUUGAGUUGAGGCAGUAG